AUGCUAGUUCUAAUUGUGGGGGUCACUGGUGACCUUGGACAACGGCUCGCCAACACCGCUAUCGCUCGAGGUGUCCAAGUCAGAGGCCUGGGGCGUAACCCUUCGAAACUGCCUUCAGACCUUCUGCAGAAGCUCGAAUCAUUUGUUCAGUCCGAAAACUAUUACGACAUCCGAGCAAUCGAGGAAGGGCUCACGGGGGUAGACGCAGUUAUCUGCGCUUAUUCGACCGAUCCGACUCUCUACCUCGACGGUGGCCUCAUUCUCCUACGGGCCGCAGAGCGAAAAGGAGUCAAAAUCUUUGUCGCUCCAACAUGGACCAGUAACUGGACCAACAUCUCCUAUGGUGACUUUCCGGUAUACAACAGCCUCAUGGCAUUCGCCGAUCAUGCAGCAAUGACAAGCACCGUGCGCCCAGUCUUUUUCAUCAACGGCGUCUUUGCAGAGUACACUCUCGUCCCAGACCAGGGGCCACUUCGCACGAAUGGUGAAUCUCUCGAGUAUCACUACUGGGGAAAUUUACACGAGCAGAAAACACCUUGGACUGCCAUGGACGAUGCAGCAGCGUGGACGAUUGAGGUAUUGCUCACAGAUGAAGGUGUGAAAUCUGGAAAGGGGGGAUUCUUCAAGUUUUACUCUGGGAUGAACUCGGCGGCAGAGCUCAUCAAGACUUAUGAACGUGUAGCUGGGACGGAGAUCAAGUUUGUCUGUGAUGGGACCGCAGAAGAUCUGGACAAGAAACUGGAGAAGACAAAGGAAGAGAAAGUGGACUUUUUCGAAGGUCUUCAUCUCAAUUGGAGCAAGAUUGCUAUGAAGGGUUUAUGGCAAAUUCAUGACCCGGUUGUGCUGGAUCAUGCCAAGAAGCCAACGACAUUUGAAGAGCACUUGAAAAAGCGUCUCGGGAAAGAAUAG